AAAAAAAAUACAAAAUCCGAAACCCAUCUUCUUUGUUUCCCUCGCCAUCUGCUGCGAAGACGAAGCUCCCAUUUAUUAAAAAUCCGAUAAAUGCGUUGAGAAGGAAGAAAGCGACAAAGAAGAGUGAAAGAAAAGCGAGGGGACGAGAGGAGGGGAAAGAAGAGAGCUAUAGCGAUUGGGAGAAGGGAGAAUCGAUGAACGACAUUGCUGAUCUGACAUUCUUUUCAUAAACUAGGGUUUCAGCGGCCGGGGGGCUUCUUUGAUUUCUUUGUUUAGCUUCCUUUUUUGAUUGGAAUAGCUUAUUUAUGGCCCUUUGUCUGAGGGCGUGGUAGUGAGUUCACGUUGGAUCGCUCGCGCCGGCUUGUUUAAUUUGGAGCCGUCUUAUUUGUGAGUUUUCGAUUGAUUUGUGCCCUAGAUUUGCAUAGUUCUGACGUGCUUUUACGGAUCCCCGGUAAUGCAUUUAGUUUGAAAGGAAACGCUGAAAUUGUGUGCGUUGCACUGAUAGAGAUAUUGUCAUAUUGUGACAAACUAUCGUAUUUAAUAAGAUAUUUUGGAUCUCUGCGAAGUUUAUUUCAUAUUGGAGACCAUGGGUAUCGCUGCGAGGCGGCAUUUUUGCAGUAGAAAGGGGUCUCGGAUGACACGUCUCGGUUUAAAGAUGAUAGUUUGAAUCAGCAAGGGAGGAUAGAGCAACAGACAACAUGGGAAGCAUUAGUCCAGACGAUACUUUAGCCAAGAGGCGAUCACUACUAGAGUGGCUAAAUAAUCUGUUUCCUGGCCUCGAUAUUCCCUUGGAAGCAUCAGAAGAACAACUAAGGAUGCUAUUGUUUGAUGGAACAGUUUUAUGUGGAAUUGUGAACCAACAAGAUCCUACUUUCCUUGUGAAUCAGAAAGGUGCUUAUAUAUCAUCUGAGCAGUGUCGGGAGAAAGUCAGGAGAUUCCUUUCGGUUAUAGAGGCAAUGGGUUUGCCCGUGUUUUCUACCGGUGAUUUGGAACAUGGAUCCAUUUCUGCCGUUGUUGACUGCCUUCUGACUCUUAGGGAUCGAUUAAGUUUGGAACGUAGUGAAGGGGACGAUCACAUGAUUGCCAACUUUGGAAAACAAGCAAGAGAGAAGUGGAUCAGAACAGAAACUUAUGAGGAUUCUAUGUUUGCCUCACAAGGAAAUCACAUCCAAAUGGGACAAAAUUCUCAUAAAACUGCGUCGGAGCAAUCAACCUUUUCAUUGAAUGUUGCGGGAAAUAAGUUUGCUGAAGUGUUCCAACUAAAGCAAGAGCAUUGUUCAGUUAUUCCUGCAACCAAGUUUUCAGAAAUAAUGAGAUCAAAUGGUUUAGACAAUGUUCCAACCCAGUCACUUCUAAGCACCAUCAACCGAAUUCUUGAUGAAAGCAUUGAGAAAAGGAAUGAAGAUAUUCCUCAUCGUGUAGCAAGUUUACUGAGAAAAGUUAUGCAAGAGAUUGAGCGUCGAAUUUCUAUGCAGGCAGAACACAUUAGAAAGCAAAAUAAUAAUAUCAAAGCACGUGAAGAGAAGUAUAAAUCAAGAAUUAGGUUGUUUGAGACACUGGCAACUGGCACAACUGAAGAAAUACAAAUUGUGUCAAAUCAACUCCAAAUGAUAAAGGGAGAGAAGACCAAAAUGGAGGCGAGUAAGAAGCACGAGGAGCAGUAUGCAUUGAAGUUGAUGAAAGAGAAGGAAGAUAAUUAUAAAGUGAUUAUGGAGCUUAAGCAAGAUUUGGAAAGAGAAAAAAAACAGUAUGAACAACGUUGCCAACGACUAGAAAUUGAAGCAAAGCAAAAUGAAGCAAGAUUGCAAGAAAGAAUAAGGGAGGUUGAACUCUUGCUAUCCGCAUCAACUAAGAGGAUAAAUGAACUCGAGGCAUUCUCUGAAUCAAAGUUCCAGAGUUGGAAUCAUAAGGAGAAUGCGUUACACAAUUUUCUUUCUUCUCAAAUACAGUCAGUAAAGAGCUUGAGAAUGUCCUCAGAAUUCAUCAAGGUGGAAGUUGUAAACUCUCAAAGUCAAUGGAGGGAAGAAAUAAGUAACAUAGGGGCUAGACUUAAAGUUUUAGCCGAUGCUGCUGAAAAUUAUCAUACAGUUCUUGCAGAAAAUAGAAAGUUAUACAAUGAAGUUCAAGAACUAAAAGGAAAUAUUAGAGUAUAUUGUCGGAUAAGACCAUUCUUACGUGGGCAAAAUUCAAGGCUAACAACGAUUGAUUACAUUGGUGAGAAUGGUGAACUUGCUCUCUUGAACCCUUCCAGGCAAGGAAAAGAUGGCCAUCGGUUGUUCAAGUUCAACAAGAUCUUUGGCCCAACUGCUACUCAAGCGCAAGUUUUCUUGGAUAUUCAACCAUUGAUUCGAUCGGUUCUUGAUGGAUUCAAUGUGUGCAUCUUUGCAUAUGGUCAAACUGGUUCUGGUAAAACCUUCACAAUGAGCGGACCAAACUUGUCUUCAAAGGAAGAUUGGGGGGUCAAUUACCGAGCUUUGAGUGAUCUAUUUCAUAUGUCCCAAGUAAGAAGAAACGCCUUCACGUAUGAAGUAGGCGUUCAGAUGGUUGAAAUCUAUAAUGAGCAAGUUCGUGAUCUGCUUUCCAAUAGUGGCUCACAGAAACGACUUGGGAUCUGGAGUAUUUCACAACCACAGGGUCUAGUUGUUCCUGAUGCAAGCAUGUUUGCAGUCAAAUCAACCUCAGAUGUCUUGGAGCUGAUGCAAUUUGGGCAAACAAACAGGGCUGUUGGUUCAACUGCUUUAAAUGAAAGAAGUAGUCGAUCCCACAGCAUUCUAACCGUUCAUGUACGAGGUGUAGAUUUGAAGACUGGCUCCACUUCAAGGGGUUGUCUACAUUUAAUAGAUCUGGCUGGAAGUGAGAGAGUUGAGCGCUCUAAAGCAACAGGGGAUAGACUCAAAGAAGCACAACACAUCAACAAGUCUCUUUCUGCCCUCGGUGAUGUCAUAUUUGCACUGUCUCAGAAAAGCGCUCAUGUACCAUAUAGAAACAGCAAACUUACCCAAGUCCUUCAGAGUUCAUUAGGUGGGCAAGCAAAGACCCUUAUGUUUGUACAGGUUAAUCCGGAUCUAGAAUCAUUCUCGGAGACACUAAGUACCUUAAUGUUUGCUGAAAGAGUAUCUGGGGUGGAGUUGGGUGCUGCAAAAAGCAAUAAAGAGGGAAAAGAUAUUAAAGAAUUGAUUGAACAGGUAACAUCUCUGAAGGAUACUAUUGCUAGAAAAGAUGAGCAAAUUGAACAAUUACAGCUGCUAAAAGAUCUAAGAUCUGAGUCUCCUGAAACCAACUCAUUAAGAAAGACUUCUUCAUUCAGCAGCAAAAAUUCAGAUGCUGUUUCUCAGUUGCCCGUUCUUAAUGGAGGGAAGGUGGCCGAAAAUGCUUGCGCCGAUGAUGACAAUUUGGGCUCUGUUGAUGAAGACGAUGAUUGGAAGUUGAGUGAUGUAUCUGGCGGGGAUCCUUCUAUUGGAGAAGCGGAAUAUUCCAUUUGCGGCGCACUUGAGUCGUCAAUUCUUUUAGAGUCUGAUAGAACAUUUGCAGUUAUACCAGAGAAGAUCCCAAAGCCUCCCCUAAAGACGAACAAAUUACUUGCACAGCGAACAGGUCCAUCUCUGUCAACAAAAGCAAAAUCAAGUGAAAAUUUGAAGUCCCUCGUGAAAAUCAUGACAGUUCCGAAGAAAACCGCAGCUAGCCAAGUCGCAUCGUCAUCCUCGGCCAAACAAACAAAACGCUAAACCAUGUUUGCUAUGGGGCCUUGUGUUAUUACAGUGCACUUUUGUAAGAUUCACCCUCACAUUUUUUGUAGUUGUAGCUAGGGUUUACAGAAUUCAUCAACCAUGUAAUAUAUUAAUUUAGGUGUUGUUAUUUAUCUUAAGUGUACUAUUAUCCAUCAAUUGCUCAUAGAACCAGGUCUUAUUGCAA